GCCAAAGCUCUAUGUACAGAUGUACGUGUGCCACGUUGCUAAAGUGGUUUCACAUUGAGCUACUCAUCAUAUUUGAGAAAUGCGGAUACUUGAGGAGAGAAUUAGAUGAUUUUAGGCAGGACUUGAAGACAUUCUCGUCAUUUCACAGUUACGUUUGCUCCAGCCUUCAUCGUGGAACUCAACCUUAUAACUUCAAAAUGUGUGAAAUUACUUUAUUUCUCAGUAUUUUCGUGGCUCUGUGUUUGCUUGCCGUUUCGCAAGCAGUGGAAUUGACUUUUGAAUUGCCAGAUAAUGCUAAUCAAUGUUUUCACGAGGAUGUGGAAAAAGAUGUGAAAAUCAUUCUUGAAUAUCAGGUUGUAACAGGUGGGCAGUAUGAUGUAGAUGCUUUGGUGAAGUCCCCCGAUGGCAAUGUGGUCUACAAGGAGAAGAGGAAGCAGUACGACACAUUUACCUGGACGACAGAUCAAGCUGGGACGAUAGAAUUCUGCUUCAGCAACGAGUUCUCGACAUUUGCACAUAAGGUUGUCUACUUUGACUUCAUGGCUGGAGAUGAAGAUCCGCUUAUUAGAGAUAUUGGAGCUCAUGCUACAGCAUUAGGACAGCUAGAGACAUCUUGUGUAACGAUCCAUGAAGCACUCAAAGCUGUAGUCAACUUCCAGACUCACUACAGAUUACGAGAAGGAAAGGGUCGAGGUCAGGCAGAACGUCUUAACAAGAGGGUUCAUCUCUGGUCUUUAGGAGAAUUCUUCUUAAUUCUUGUCAUUGGUAUCGGUCAAGUAAUAGUUCUUCGUAGUUUUUUCACAGACAAGAAAAACAAAACUGGCCGAGCGUAGUCACUAGUAAAUGGUUUUGGUUUGUCACCCUAUAGUUCUUAGAUAAAUGGUUGAUUUGAAUGUUCUGGUCUCUGUCUUUGUUCAUUGUUUGCCUUAUAUUGAUGACUCUGUUUAGUGAUUUUUGUUUCUUAGUGAAAUAAAGUAUGAAGAAAAAGUCCAUGCCCAAAUAAGUGUGUAUUCUAUUGCCAUUACACAUUUUUGUGUUAUUAUGAUUUCAUUACAUGAAUUUUGUACUUUUACAGUGUGGUAAAAAACAUGCCAAAUUCAUUAAAAUUGUACGGGCAGUACCGCACUACUGGUUAUCUGAUUUGAAACAAAGAUAAAUGAGGCAAACAAAAUAAAGAUCAGCUGUACAUUAAUUAAUUUUUUCUCCAUUUUCUCUCGGAUUUUCUCAGUUAAUAGCUACAUGUAGUUUGCAAUUCAACCUGGGUAAUAAGUUCAUUUGUUUGAAAGCAGAAAAAUAAGAGAAACAGAAUGGUGAAGUUUGAAAUAGAUCGGACCAACAAUAAGAAAGUAAUGAAUAUUUGAAAUAUGAAAUCAUUCAGCCCCUUCUCCCUUUGGGCACUACUCUAAAUAUAUCAUGGAUAGUGUAUAGUUCCUCUAAAAAGAAAAUGCCCCACUGAGUAAUGAAUAUUUUUUUAAAUUGAUAUUUUAUUAAUUGAGUGUGUUGGGAAAAAUGGGGGAAUUGUUUGACACUUCAUCACAAUGAUUAUGAUAUUAAUGAUUUGGCCAAUUUGAAGAGCCAGUAUGUUUAGCGAUUACAACUUUCAAAAAUUCAUAACUUUCUAAUUUGUGUCCAAUUUCAAUCAGACUUUCACCAUUCUGCUUCUAUGACUUUUUGUACUUUAUUCAGGCCCGAUCAAAACCUGAUUUAAAUCGGUUUCCCAAUCUUUCUCUAUUCUUCCCUGUUAUUUUCCAAUUUUUCUUACUCAAUAGGGGAGAAAUGUUGUUAGAUGCCAUUUUUUCCUCCAAAUUCUCUUCUUUUUCUAUUUUUUACUCAAUGGGGGCGUGGUUGCGGGAAAAAAAAAAGAUAAGUUGUCAUUAAAGUUGGAUUUCCCUUUAAAGAUGCCGGUAGGCAAAAUUAAUCAAUAGUAAAUGGUAAAAUCCUAAGUAUUCGAAAGAGAAACAAAUCUAUUAAGAAAGGCAUAAAGUGUCUAAAAGGAGUACGGAAAAUCCUAAUAUAUAUUCAUGGUAUAUUUUGCAAGGUAUGCAUGGUUUGAUGAUGUGAUUAUUAUCAUCAUUAUUCUCCAGCUGACAAAAAAUUCGCACAGGGCAGUUUAGAGAGUAAUGGUUUUGAUACAGUUUUGGUACAUACAGACUAAAUUCCAAAUAUAAGCAUUGUAAUCAUGAGUAACAUAUAUAUGAGGAAGUAUAUGAUGAUGAUGUUCUAAAGGUUCAUUAUGUACAAAAAGGCAAAUUCAAUAUAUUCAAGAUAAUUUGAUAUUUAAGAUAUUUUGGGUCAACAAAAAAUAAACAAAACAACAACAAGCAAAUGUUGGUUGUUGGUUGUUAUUUUUCACCUGACUGCUAAGAAAGCAUAAAUGCUUGUAAGUAAGCAACCAGACGGCCGAGGGACCUGGUAAUGAGGAUUAAUGAGUUACCAAAGGGCACUAACGCAUCGACUUGGUUUCGAACCCGGGUCACCGGAUUAUGAGACCACUGCUCUACCGACUGAGCUAUCGCGCCUCCUCUGUCUGUCAAGCAUAGACCUGUCAUGCAUAAAAAAUAAUAUACAUGUAUAUAAAGUAAAGUGAUGUGUCCAUAUGCAAAACUGUUGCCCAACAUUUACAAUGCAAAAUGUUAAGUUAAAUCAUGGCUUUGGGGCUUUAUAGGCAUACAGGCUGUAAAGUGAAAUUACACAAAUUAAAAGUAAGCUAUUUAGUGUUUUGCGCAAUAUUCAUAUUUUCCAAUCUUAUUGGAGAUUUUUUAUGUUUUUGUUAAAGUUAUAUGUCAAGACUGUAACUGUAUGUGGAAUUUUGCGAGAUUUAUAAAGUAGACUCUUGUCUUAUUCUUUGACGAUUAGUGGCUGUUAUGUAUGUGAUAAUGUGUGAAACAAAAACAUACGAAGGGACAUAAUGGGAAGACAUAUUUUAGUGUUCCUUCACUUUGAUGUAGAUAGUUGGGAAUAUCAUUCUUAGGUAUUUAUAUUGUCAGUUAGGAUUCUACAUCGUAUGUGUUUUCUUUAUUGUCUUUAUACCAAGGUGUAAAUUUACAUUUCAUUUUUAUGUUUGAAUCAUUAAAAAAGACGUUUGUAAAUAGAUGAUAAGAGAUAUUUUGUAUAGUCAUAUGUUGUUUGUGUGGAUAUUAAGAGAAUAAAGACAUAUGAUAUUAGAAUGUUAGCUAAUGUUUAUGUAGACUAGUUUGAAAUAUGUGUAACCAUGUACUCACUGGCCUCUGUUCGUUUUGAAGAGAAGGGUGUGAAAAUUAUGUAUUUAUGAGUAAUGCAUUGAAUCCUCUUUAUGCUAUAUUGUAGUAACAUUUGACAAAAUAUCUGUGUGCAUGUGUGUAGAUCUAUUGUUGUGAAUCUGUUUGAUUUCAUUAUAUUCUAAUCUCUCCCAAUACAGUGAUCUUGCUUAAUUCUGUUUUAUCUGUAGAUUAUUUUUUGCUGAUUAAAAGCAUUACCAUUGAUGCAGUAUACUUCCAUUGAUUUACAUGCAUGCAGACGUGUAUUUUGAUGGCACAUAAUGGCCUUUAGUGGUGCAUACUAUGUUGUUCAUGUAUAUCUAUUUAUUAUUGGUAUGAUGAGCGGUGCCGUUUCAGAAUUAGAAAUCAGAUAUGCAUGCGUUUCACUUUCUAGCGUUAUAGGGAGCACCUCAGAUUUGUUAAAUGGAUAGAAUUCUAGAGGAAGAAAGUCGGGCUAAUCUUGCUGUUUAAACAAUUUAAGGAAUUCAAGGAAUCUUUGCCUUUGUUUUUGUGUGUUUUGUUCAGGAAUGAAGAAUGCAUGAAGUACACAUUAUCAUUGUUCUUUGGUAUGUUAUGGAGGCACCAUCACAUUUUUUGGCAAUUAAGGUUAACACCUUUUCUAGUGGUUGGUUCCUCGGUGAUUUUUGUUGUUGACAGUUUGCACUUUUUGGAUAAUCAGGUAAACACAGUUUGUAAUGAUAAUGGUAUUAAAGAUGAUUGGAUCUUUAUGAUUGUUAAA